UCUUGCCCUUACGUUUAGAGUCUUUUGUUCGCCUCCGUGGCGGUUGGAUGUAGUUCUAUAACUACGCAUAUUUUUGAUCUUGGGGACUGCGUACGCGUUGUCCCUGUUUUCUUUUUUAUUUCCAAAAUCGUUGUGAUUGGCGUAGGAGAAGGAGUGUAAUAACUCUGCUCAGAGCCACAUAUUGAACGAAUGAAUGAAAACUUACGUUUCAAUGGCAAAUGGAUAUUUUCUUGUACUGAACUUUUACGACUUUGUAGCAAGGCAAAGAAUCUUAUUUUUAUGAUUGUACGUUUCAACAGUAAGGACACUGAAAAACUGGAAGAAAAUCACAGCAUUUCAUAAAUGUGAUGUGAAGGUAGACCCAACUGUACAGAAAUAUAUUUUGAACAUGGGUGAUCAAGAGCAGCAAUGUGAAGAUGCAGUAUUUGAAGUAUGCGAUGCUCGAGAGAGAUUCCCACAGCUAUGCGCUGGAGAACUUGAGAAUUGCAUUAAACUUACCAAUGAGAUAUAUAUGACAAAAGUUCUUACAAAACAAGUGAAAACUUUAGAUAUGUCAUUCCUUACAGAUGGACGAUAUACAAUACUUGAGAAGGAUCUUUCCAUGGUAAUUGGAUUGUUAAAGAUGCAAGACAAUGGCUUGCAAGCAAUGAUAGAUAAAAUUGACAACUUGAAGACUACAUUGGAACAAAUUAAGAAGGAUAAAUUGUGCGAAAUAAACAGAUUAUUACGGAGUUAAAA